CUACUCACCACGCCAAAAUAGUUCCAAGGUUGAAUGCGACCGCCUUCUCGGUCUAGACAGUGCCGAAUUUGAUCCUACUCACCACGUCUAACUCCAGGCAUCUUCUACUAACUACAUUCCAAGCACCUUUUCCGAAUUGGGCGGCUGCAUGCUAGUUUGCUACCUACUGUGUACAUAUACUCUGGUUGCUUCUCACUAACCUCACAGUGUCUAUACCAGCCUUUCACCUGCUAUCGGACAUCUUUCAGCAGCACGUCGAACUCUAGCGUACAAUGCCCAAGUCUCAGAGCCGACAACGUCCGAAACCCAAGAAGCCUGCCACGCUGUCUCAGUACCUCCGUCAACCAAGCUCUCCGAAGCGGACGAUCGGUUUUCUCAGUCUGCCAGGCGAGAUUCGCAACAUAGUCUACGAGUACUACUUUGAGGACGGCUUCCGCGCUGAGCUUGCUGCCAAAGGAGCUGUGCUUGGCCGCCCCAAGUUACGGACCGCGAAGCUUUUCUUACCCAUUCACGAUCUUCAUGGGCGCAUGCAGGGUUACCGGCCGAAGGCUAUCAAAACUGGAACACGUACCAUUCGUGUCUCGCGCAAACUAGGUGCUCGAUCCACUGGCGAGCGCGUCCGGACAAAGUGGUCAUCAUCCUUAUGUCCGCUGAUCCUCGUCUGCAAGAGAGUGUACCAGGAGACCAUGCGAUUCCUCUACCAGAGCACAACAUUCGUAUUUACUGCCCCUUGGAGCAUCAUGAACUUCUUGAAUACGGUACCACAAAAGAAUCUCGCCCACAUCACCAAAAUUCAAAUGCAUUACUCUUCUUACGGACACCCUGAGUGGGCGGACCUGGCAGGUUUCAAAGAGAAGCAUAUCAUGAGCUGGACCAAGGCGUGCAAAUCACUUUCCGAGAAGCUUACCUCUCUGCGCGAGCUCGAGAUAUGGUACAACCACAACGAGACUUGCCCUCAUUACUCACUUUACAAGCCGUCACUUCGCCCACUGUACCAGUUUCGCCGAUUGUCGUGCAGUCGUCCUGCUGUGGACACUUAUCCCCUCAUCUCAGCCGAUGAAUGCGACAAUGGGGCUUCAAAGCCGCUUCGAAUUGUCAACGUCCACUUUUCUACUGCUAUGAGCCGUGAGUUGAAACGAAUGGAGCCCCUCCAUCGGAUCAUACUUUCUCAGGUAAAGACACCUCGACUGGAGAUGCAUCGUCUCUUUGGGGAGACCAUUGCGUCUGCUAUCCUCGGCUCCAGCGCCAAGGAUGCAUCUGCUACCAUCAGGGCUGUUUGGGCCAGCUACGAAUUCAUGCAGGUACUCUUGGGACACCUCGAUGACCGCUGGUAAGUAUACUGAAAGCGAAGGACUUGACUAUAUGGCGGCGGACUUGAAGCCCAUGGUUCGGGACGGUAUUGCAUAGGGCAUCUUUAAUGGUUAUGAGAUGGGUCUGAGAGGGAUUAGGGUUUUAUGUGGUUGUGUUAUUGGAAUUCAGUGUCC